UCCUUCAGCUGUCAGACUUUGGCCACCCCAGUGCGGAUUUUUGUUAGCAAACUAACAUCAACUGUUCAGUUUUUAUUUGAAAUCGUGCAUCUAUCUCCCACUCGCUUUUCGUGCUUGCGGGCUUCAUUUUGGUGCAGCUAAGCGUGCAUGAGUGCUGAGCGCCGGUGCGUAAUCGCCGCUAGAUCUUGCAGCGAUCCUGAGCGGGUGUGAGAGUAGAUGCGGGGAGGGAGGGAGUAGGAAAAAAAAAAGGCAAAAGUCUUUGUGCUUCCCUUCCCCCUCAUCAAAGCAAAGGGGAAAUGUCUCUAUCCAAAGGAGGGAAGAAGAAGAGCUCUGGGCCGAAGCUGCCCAAAGAAGUAUUCUCACCUCCUCCACCAGAAGCUACAGCACCCCCUCGCGAUCUUGACUCUAAAGCUUGUGUGACAAUUGGAGAUCAGAACUUCGUGGUGAAGGCAGAUGACUUGGAGCAGAUUGAAGAGCUGGGGAGGGGAGCGUAUGGAGUGGUGGAUAAGAUGAAACAUGUGCCUACUGGUGUCAUAAUGGCUGUCAAGAGGAUUCGUGCCACAGUCAACACUCUGGAGCAGAAGAGGCUUCUGAUGGACCUGGACAUUUCCAUGAGGACCGUGGACUGUUUCUUUACUGUGACAUUCUAUGGUGCCCUUUUUAGAGAGGGUGAUGUUUGGAUCUGUAUGGAACUGAUGGACACAUCUUUGGAUAAGUUCUAUAAGAAGGUUAUAGAAAAAGGCAAAAACAUUCCUGAGGACAUUUUGGGCAAGAUUACAGUAGCCAUUGUCAAGGCAUUAGAGCAUCUGCACAACAACCUGUCAGUGAUACACAGAGAUGUGAAGCCCUCCAAUGUGCUGAUCAACACUCAGGGCCAAGUGAAGAUGUGUGACUUUGGCAUCAGUGGCCAUCUGGUGGACUCAGUGGCCAAAACGAUGGAUGCAGGCUGUAAGCCCUACAUGGCGCCUGAGCGAAUCAACCCCGACCUCAACCAGAAAGGCUACAGUGUCAAGUCAGACAUAUGGAGUCUGGGCAUCACUAUGAUCGAGCUGGCCAUUUUGAAAUUCCCCUAUGACACAUGGGGGACCCCGUUCCAACAGCUCAAACAGGUGGUGGAUGAGCCAUCUCCACAGCUGCCUGCAGAUCGUUUCUCCCCAGACUUUGUAGACUUCAUAUCCCAGUGCUUAAGAAAGAAGCCAAAUGAAAGACCAGCUUAUACAGAAUUAAUGAAACAUCAAUUCUUCACCCUGCAUGACUCCAAAGAGACAGACGUGGCCAGUUUUGUCAAGGUCAUCCUGGAUGCCUGAUGGUCUCCCUCCAAGCUCCAGCUCGUCAGCAUAGGCAGGACGCAAACAAACCAAUGGCCCUACUGUUUGGUUUUUUUUGUUGUUUUUUUUUUUUUUUUUCUUUUAAACUCACUGGAAUGACAGACUUUCAUGCACCCAGACACAACAGGGGGAUGACCCAAAGACUGACAACAGCCCAGCAGCACUGGAAGUGGGAGAGUGGUGGUCAUAUGAACUCACGCGGUCCACAAGAGAGAUUUCAUUCACUCAUCCAAGCUUCCUGUGCAAACAUUUAACUCCCGUAUCUUUUAUUUUUUUUUCCUCCAACCCCUUUCUUUUUUGUUGUUCUCUCUCUUCAUAAUGGACGGAGCUAGCAAAUAUUUGUUUGUGACACAUAUUGUUUGCAUACUUUGAAAUUCAUCUGCAAAACCAACAGUUAAUGUGUAUGUUGUUGUGUAUUGAAAGCUAUAUUUGCAUAUCUGUUUUUAUGUUUUUCUCAUUAUACAGAGUUUUGAUACUGUAUUUUGCAGGCAAGAGUGAAUUUUACUGUACAGGAGCCUUGCAUCAGGUUUGACCUGCUUCUGCCUGGAUAUGAUUGGUCAGUACGGGGGCUGUGGUAGUCGCAGACCAGCCGCUGGGAAGCUCCGGAGCUGAGACGAAACAUAAGACUUCCUGGGCAGGAGAGGUCAUUCUUAAAGCUAUUGUUGGUGUGAAGCAGGAUUUUAAGGCAUCCCGUAUCACCUGCGGUCAGCGGCAUCAUUCUAACAGUGACCACUUGAUUUUUUGGGGGGUGUUUUGGGGUGGGGGUGGGGUAUUAUAUAAAGAGUCAGCUCCAGUGUUGUGACUGUUUCUACCUGGAAAUAUUAAGGUUUGCCUAAUCAAGCUAACAGCUUUAUCUAUUUCUAUGUGCCAUUUUGCAAAAUUUUCUCAUGAAUUAUUGCAUUAAUUGUGUGUUUCAUCUUUUGGACUUGUUCUGGUUUGAAUUUCGAUUGUUAUUUCAGAGACAUUUAAACUUUUCCUCCCACCUUUUGCCCAUCUUCUCAUAUCUGAAAUCAGCAUAGUCUUUUUGGAAGAGGCACUUACAGUUUGAGUUUCUUUUCAUUUGCUUAUUUUAGAGACCUUAAUAUGCCUUAAAGUGACAGUAUGAUAGGGAAAUAAUUUAUGUGUUGAAGAUGUAAAUAUUAUCUUUUUUUUUUUAAUGGAAUAUGGCACUGUCCCAACCUGUCCCAGAUUAGCUGAAUGGCAGAGGGUUAAUAUUAGUUUAAAGUAGUGUGACACAUACACAUAAACAGUACUCACAGGGCCAGCUAUGCUGAUGGGCUCCACCACUCAGGUUUCUGUGCUCUCCUAUACAGUAUACCCAGACACCACCUCCGCUCCCCCCACCCGUCCCUCUUUUUCUUUCUCCCCCCCUCCCCCUUUUCCCCUCAGGUCCUGCUCUUCUUGAGUGCUGGAUCAAGAUCUGCUUUUCAGUUUUCAGUCCAUGUCAGGCAGCGAUUGUCUCUUCUUUCAGACCAUACUAUGCAGAACCCCUUUGACAUGCAGAGUGUCAUGUGGCAGCGUCUGCACAUCAAGUGUUCAGAGACUGAUGAUGAUGAUGAUGGAGCCGAUGAGUGCCAGCAGCUGUUCGUGGCUGGCACUCAUCGGCUCUGGUUUACACAGUAGUGCUACUUUUUAUCAAAAUGUCAGUGAGUCAGGAGUAUUUAUGAUUGUGAAUAAUAAGGGAAAGCUAGCAACACCACGGAGAAGCUGCUGUUAUUUUCUUAUUUUAAUUUUUUCUUAUUUCAGUAGGCCUUCUUUUAAUGGCCAUUCCCUUUGUGUGUAAAAGUGAGUUUUUACGCUGAUCACAAUAAGAAUGGAACACUUGCUCUACCUCUUACUCCUUCACUCUAUUUCCCACCUUUUCACUGGGUGGGACUGACAGACUUGAACUAUGGAAAGACAAAAAAAAUAAAGGCUUUACUGUUCA